UCAACCACGUCUGUAAGUAAGAUAAUAAAUAAAAAUGGUUUCUGUUUAUAAAAAAAAAAUAUUUUUUGCCCAUAUAUGUAUUUCGUAACUAAGCAGCAGUGUUCCUAAUUAAAAAAAAUAAAUAAAUAAACACACAGGUUGCUCAGGACACUGGAGAUAGACUUUCACUAUUUCUACUAUUAAAUCAGUACAAAGAGUGUGAGAUAGUAUGCUGGCUGGAAACAUGCCCUGUUCAGGUAACCGGCGGGUAGCAGAGCACCUUGCGCUUGCCUUCUGAAUCACAGCAGCACCGUAUAAAAGCCAGAGGCAGCAGUGGACAGGAUGAGAGAUCUCCAUCAGGAUAACUGAGACUCACGGAGCUGCCGCUUCACCGGCACCGCACACUCAAACAGAUACGAACACUUAAACGAUAAUCACAGAUUAUUUACCAAAGAGGGAUGAAGAGCAUCAACUUUUUUACCGACUUGCUGCUUCUAUUCAUAGCCAGUGAUGCGAGCGCUUGGAUUAUCAAAAAUGCGACUGAAACGCUCACCGGAAUCAAUAUGACUAUUGAUAAAUCGGAAAUGGAGAAUGACGGAUUAGCAUCCAUGCCCAAAUCGAGGCGAAAACGGUACAUUUCGCAAGGUGACAUGAUAGCUAUUCUGGACUAUCACAACCAGGUGCGAGCGAAUGUUUUCCCACCUGCAGCCAACAUGGAGUACAUGCUUUGGGAUGAAGGCCUGGCCAGGUCAGCAGAAGCUUGGGCAGCCACCUGUAUUUGGGAACACGGGCCUCCUUACCUUCUCCGAUAUCUGGGUCAAAAUCUCUCGGUCCGAACUGGCAGUUACCGCUCCAUUCUUCAGCUGGUUAAACCUUGGUAUGAUGAGGUCAGAGAUUAUGUGUUUCCGUACCCACGUGACUGCAAUCCACACUGCCCGAUGCGCUGUUACGGACCCAUGUGCACACAUUACACGCAAAUGGUGUGGGCGUCAUCAAACAGAGUUGGAUGUGCCAUCCAAACUUGUUACAAUAUGGUAGUGUGGGGCGCCGUGUGGAGGGAGGCAACGUACUUGGUCUGCAAUUAUUCUCCGAAGGGCAAUUGGAUUGGUGAGGCACCUUACAGAGUCGGUGUGCCAUGCUCAGCCUGUCCUCCUAACUAUGGAGGUUCAUGUAGCAACAACAUGUGCUUUCCUGUCAUCAACUCAAACUUCAUGUACUGGUUUAAAUAAGCUCUUUGUCAUAUGUGACCCUAGACCACAAGGGUCAAUUUUGAUAUAUAUAAGAUAUAAAUAAGCUUUUCAUUGAUGCAUGGUUUGUUAGGAUAGGACAAUAUUUGGCCGAGACACAACUAUUUGAAAAUCUUGAAUCUGAGUGUGCGAAAAAAAUCUAAAUAUUCCUUGAAAGUUGUCCAAAUGAAGCUCUUAGCUAUGCAUAUUACUAAUCAGAAGUGAUAUUUUUUUAUAUACACCAUCAAGCCUUCCAAGAUGUAGAUGAUUUUGUUUCUUCCUCGAGAUUUGGAGAAAUUAAGCAUUACAUCACUUACCUACCAAUGGAUCCUCUUCGGUGAAUGGGUGCCGUCAGAAUGAGAGUCCAAACAGCUGAUGAAAACCUGUGUUUGUAAUAAACAAAUUCAUCAUUAAGAUUUGUAAAUGAUUGCUUGUAGUUAAAAUAUGAGUCCUCUAUCCAAAAUAUUGCUUUCUACAGUGAAAAAUCAGAACCAGAGUUUGAAUAAGAAGAGAAAUAUGUACAAAUCAAGUGUAAAACAUAUAUUUCAAUGAAUUUUGAUGUGAAGGACAAAAUGAGUUGGACGUUUUCACUGGAAGAAGCUUAUUAUGGGUUAUUGACUUGACAGAAGCAACAGUUUUUAGUUAAAAUGGCUUAAAUAUGGAUUUGUUUCUUAUAAACAUGCAGCUUUUCACUUUCCAAGGUGCUAAUUGUAGACUUGAAUUGUGUGCAUUACUUAUAGACUAUUGUGAUGUUUUCAUCAGCUGUUUGGACUCUCGUUCUGACAGCACCCAUUCACUGCAAAGGAGAGCAAGUGAUGUAAUACUAAAUUUCUUCAAAUCUGUUAUGAUGAAGAAACAAACUCAUCUUCAUCUUGGAUGGCCUGAAGGUGAGUACAUUUUCAACCAAUUUUGGGGCGAACCGUUCCUUUAAUGCUAUUGAAUACAUUUUACAGUGAUGUACUGUGUAAUAUAUCUUUUAAAUCUAUAUUCAUUUUGUACAGCAGAUACAGCUUCUUUUUUGUAUGUGAUACUGUCGAUUCCAGAAAUGGUGCUAAUGUUAAAGGGAUAGUUUACCUAGAAAUAAAAAUUCUGUCAUUAAUUACUCACCCUCAUGUCAUUUCAAACCCGUAAGACCGUCGUUCAUCUUCAGAACAUAAAUUAAGAUAUUUUUGAUGAAAUCUGAGUGCUUUCUGACUCUGCAUAGACAGCAAUGCAACUGACACAUUUAAGGCCCGUAAAGGUAGUAAGGACAUCAUUAAAAUAGUCCAUGUGACAUCAGUGGUUUCAUCUUAACUUUAUGAAGCUACAAGAAUAGUUUUUGUUUGCAACAAAAACAAAAAUAAAGACUUUAUUUAACAAUUUCUUCUCUUCCGUGGAGCCAGCGUUCUGACAUUGAACUUAAAUGCGCGCUCUGCUUUAUUUACAAGCAGAAGAAUACACACGCUGUACAAAUACAGACAAUGAACUAUGAGAGAUGGACGUUUUAUGGCUCCGUCAGCAGCACCACAAAUAUGAGUCAUGGUACUCUCGUAAAUGUGCGUCGAAGACUGAAACGGAAGAGAAGAAAUUGUUGAAUUAAGUCGUUAUUUUUGUUUUCUUUGCACACAAAAAGUAUUCUUGUAGCUUCAUAACAUUACGCUUGAACCGCUGAUGUCACAUGAACUAUUUUAAUGAUGUCCUUACUACAUUUCUAGGUGCUGAAUGUGUCACUGCUGUCUAUGCAGGGUCAGAAGCUCUCGGAUUUCAUCAAAAAUAUCUUAAUUUGUGUUUUAA